CGGGCGGCCCGGCAGAGAGAGCUGGGAGCCGAGCGAGCGGAGAAGGCUCGGGGUUAGAGGUUGGCUCCACACAAAGGAGCGAGCGGCUGGAAGCCGGUUCGACGCCGAGAGCCAAUCGCUGCUGCGGCCCCGCGAUAAAAGGGCUCGGAGCCGGCGCGGGGAGCGCAGGAAGCGGCUCCGCUGCACGGCCGCGGCCUCUGCGGCGGGACACGGGCGGCACAGCCCCGGGCACGGCACGGCUCGGCACGGCUCGGCUCGGCUUCGGGCACGGCACAGCACAGCCCCGGGCACGGCACGGCCCCGCCCUGCGGACCCUCCUGCUCGGCGGUGUUGCAAGAGGUCUGUCUUUGACACCUCUGCAGUGGAACCUCGACCCACAGCCUUCAAGCUGAGGAUUAAACAGAGGGAGAAGGGGAAGGAGCCAUGUUCCAGGCCACAGGAGCAGCCAGCCCAGCCCCAGCCCAUGAGGCCAAAAGCAGCUCAGGAGGCAGCACAGUGCAGCGCUCCAAGUCCUUCAGCCUGAAGGCGCAGGUGAAGGAGAUGUGCACUGCCUGCCAGAAAACCGUGUACCCCAUGGAGCGCCUGGUGGCCGACAAAUUCGUCUUCCACAACUCCUGCUUCUGCUGCAAGCACUGCCACACCAAGCUCAGCCUGGGCAGCUACGCCGCGCUCCACGGGGAGUUCUACUGCAAGCCCCACUUCCAGCAGCUCUUCAAGAGUAAAGGCAACUACGACGAAGGCUUCGGGCGCAGGCAGCACAAGGAGCUGUGGGUGCACAAGGAGGUGGAGAGCGGCCCCAAGUCGGCGUGAGCGGGGCCAGCCCCGCCCCGGAGCCCCGCAGAGCCGGAGGAGCUGAGCCGGGAGAACUGAGCUGAUGUAGAGCAGGACCUGGGCCAGGGGAGAGGGGGAGCCCCUCUUUGGGGGGUGCUCAGAGGGGUCCUGCAGGCCAUCAGGACAGGGUGAGCAGGGUGCAGCCCCGAGACCUGGAGCCCUCUCUCUGCAGGCCCCUCUCCCCAGUGAGAUCAGAGCAGAAGCAAUGCCCCCCAUGGGACCCCCAGCCCUGCUGAUCCAUUUCAGGCCUUUCACCAUGGAGAAAGGAUGAGCUGGGGGCUUCUCCAGCUUGUGAGCCAUUGCAGAGCUCCCAGCCACACCAGCCCUGCACUGCUGGGGCUCUGGAUGAGGGAGGAGGGUCCCUGGUUUACAUCAGCUCAGUUCAGCUGGGAUGGUUCAGCCUUAAGGUUUCACAGUGUCUGUUUUUUAUAUUUGCCUUCCACUGGUACGUUCUGCGCUGGAGCCUCGCGGCAGCUCCGCCUGCGCGCCUUUAUUUUUGUAAUACAAGGUUUCCCAGCC